AAUGUGCAUGUAACAGCUCAGACUGUGCUUGUAACAUGCGCUUAACAGAACAUCUGGGUGAGCACAGCUGUUUCCCGCCCAAUUUAAUUCGGACUUCAAAAUGGGAAAGCAUAAAUCAUCUCUUUAAGAUGAAAUCCUGGUGGGUUUUAUGAAAGACAACCCGGACUUGGCAAAAGGAUUUGUGAAGGGCGACCGAGUUGUUGUCGAUGCCAAGUGGGCAGAGCUUUGCGGCGCUCUCAAUGCUGUUGGGCCGCCAAUCAAGGACGCAUUGGGUUGGAAAAAGGUUUGGGCAGAUUGGAAAACAAACAUCCGCAAGAAGAUGGCGAAAAACAAAUCAGAAACUCGAGCUACAGGUGGAGGGCCCUUCGCUCAGCAAUCGCUUGGGGAAUUGGAGGAGGAAGUGGCCAGGCUAUGUGGCCUCUACGAAAUGGUGGAAGGAGUAGGUGGGCCAGCGUAUGGACUUCCCCCCCGUACGACCAAGGAGGCCGACACUGGGGUUAAGUGCGUGAUGGAAGACCCCAUUGAGGAAGAACCCUCAGAGAAGGACGAACCCUCAGAGAAGGAGGAGCCCAUGCCGAAGCGCCGUCGAACUAGACCAGCGCAGACCAUGGACCUCAACGAUCUCUGCGCUGCUCAGCUGGAUGAAAUGUCGGCAAUUUCCAAGAAAAUUUCGGAACAUUUCGAACGAAUGGAAUCGUUAGAGAAGGAGAAGCUCGAGGUCCAAAAGGCGCUUGUAGACAAAUUUAGCCAAAUUUUGGACAAAUUUGCGAAAUAAUUAGUUUCCUAUUAGUUUUUUUGUGAAACUUAGCUUUAUUAGUUAUAAAGAAUAUCGAAUGACAUAAAGAAGAAAA